GCCCUCGACAACCUCCAAAUUGUCUUCAGAACAUCGUGAUCGCGUUGAGCCACACAUCGCACGUGACCGCCAAUCCAGACGUUACUUUCAGUCUCAACCGAAUCAUCCAUACCCAUACCUCUGUCGAGCUUGCUCAUCUCGUUGCUGCAGUCCGAUGGCCGAUAAAGUUGACACCCCUUCAACGACCGACGUGAGCCUGAAGGAUGCAGGCGGCGCUGGGCCGAAGGCCAUCAUCAAGAACGUCGACAUGAGCGACGAAAUGCAGCAGGAGAGCGUCGACAUCGCGUCCGCCGCGCUCGAAAAGUACAACAUCGAGAAAGACAUCGCCGCCCAAAUCAAGAAGGAGUUCGACAGACGGCACGGACCGACCUGGCACGUCGUAGUCGGGAAAAACUUUGGGAGCUAUGUCACCCACGAAACGAAGCACUUCAUCUACUUCUACGUCGGUUCCCUCGCCAUCUUGAUCUGGAAAUCAUGAAUCCCCAACUCUCGCGUAUAUGGCAUCCUCCUCCAGCGAUGUCGCCACUGUAAUCCACAAUGUACUCCUUGUGCCCGAUCGACAACUACAUACAUACGUUCUUGCUCGCAUGUUCAUUCCCUCGAUGCAGCCACGCGUCGCAGAAGCCUACGUUAUUGCAUCAUGCACGAUUGCCCCCGGAAGCGCGUGCGAUUUAAAGUUGAUGAUCCAAUUCGACGGUUUUGUACCCCCCGAUCACAUGAGCAGCUAGAUCUGCUCUCUUGUCCUGACCCACCAGUGAAUCACACACGCGCUGACUUCAUGAGCUCUGAUACGAAACCUAAGUCUCGAUUGACUGGGUUCUCUUUCGAGCGUAUCUUGCUCGAAGAGCCUGAGAAAUGCCGCUUGACUUUAUUGGGAUCAUUCCCUGGCUCGUUUUCUGGCAGUGACGAUCCCUCGCCCGACAGAUUGCCCGCGAUUAUUCGACUAGAGAAAACGGCUUUCCCUCUGCACGCUGUGAACAAUCUCUUCCCCGAUGCUUCGAACCCGAAAGCCAGCACGUUCUUGGAUGAUCUACGGUGCAUGGAACAUACUGACAUUUACAUGUGGCUGGCUGGUUGGUUCGGUACGGCAUCGAUGGAGAAUCGGCCGCAAGGGGAUGUGAAGGUCAACAUCGUCUGCCCUGCUACCGAAGUGCACAUCCGAAAGUACUCGAAGCAACGUUCGAUUCUCGUCACAGAGACACCCGAUCUCUAUCGCCAGAUCGUGCUACCCUUCAUCCAGGCCUUCCCUGCUGAGAGAACUAGAUGGGUGGAUGAAAUCCUGGAAGGUCGCAAAGAACAAUCCAAGAUCCUAUUUACGUCCCCCGAGUUCAUUCUCCUCCCGGACAUGAAGUGGGAUCUGCACACCUUGGGGAGCCUGUAUCUCCUUGCGAUCAUCCGCGACGCGUCGAUCCGCAGCAUCCGGGACCUGCGGGUCCAGCACAUACCUCUUCUGCGCAGCAUCCGGAAAGAGGUAUAUCUGACGGUCAAAGAGAAGUGGGGUCUCGACGCCGGCAGCCUGCGAAUGUACAUCCACUACCAGCCCAGCUACUAUCAUUUCCAUGUGCACAUCGUUCAUGCAGAGUACGAAGCUGGGAUGGGCAUGUCUGUAGGCCAGGCACAUCUCUUGGAUGAUGUUUUGUCUAUGCUCGAUCUGGACGAACAGGACCCGUCUCCGCGUGGAGGGAUCUUCGAAAGGAUGACUUUGACCUACGGCCUGGGAGAACAGCACGGCCUCUUUCUCGCCAUGUCUUCCGCGCAAGAUUGAAUGCUAUUGGUAUAGAUGAUAGUAAUGUACGAAUACAAAGUACGUUGUGGAUAGAUAGUAUGUGCUACAUGUUGUUGCUCUAGUGAUACAAUGUUGUACAGUUUGAUGCAAUAAAAUCGGUCAGCGACUAGUUCCAACAACCUCGAUAACAGCUCUCCCCACGCGCAGACCAUUCUCCACACUAAACACUCCGACAUCAUACUCGCCCAUGUCUCUGGCUCCCGGCGCGCCAUAGAACUCAACGGAGCCGGUCGCCGAAGCUCUCGUCAGAUUUACGUGCAGGAAUCGGGGCAGAGGCUGUCCAGAAACAAGUUUGGCUUCCAGCCUCGCUGUUCCGUUGGCGUUGUUCUGGAUGGUGACCCGGAACUUGAACUUCUCGCCUGCCCGGACCAAGUUGCGGAUCACAGGAUUAGGGCUGUGUCCGUGAUGAGACGACUCCAGGGACGAGAAUGACGACCGAACGUUUGUCGAGAUAGAUGGGGUGGAAGGAUCCGCCGCAACCUGCAGAUCAUCGCCACCGAGGGUCCGAACGUAAUGAAACCCUUCGCUCAGUUCGUCGGGAGUCUGACUCUGGCGAAAUCAAUCAGCCGCGCCAAUCGUAUCUGAACGUGUGGAACAUACUUUGCGUACGGCGGAACUUCCCGAAAGCCCACCGGCCGUCAGCGAAGGCACGCGAGGGACUGGUACCCGCGUUGCACUCGUGAAAGGAACAAGUCGCGGCCGAUCGUGGUGCGAGGUCCCGCUGUGAAGACUCGUCGCCUUGGAAGCGACAUGAACGAUUCCUUCCUCCUCUGAAUCCAGUGAACUCGUCGAGUCCUUGCGCACAAGACCAUCUCCCACGUGCGCAGCAGCCGGAGCUCUCGGUGGCGCGAAAUCAGCUCUUCGACGCGGGAUCGAAUGCUCUCCAGUGGACGUUGAGGGCGAAUUGGUCAUCACCGUGCUUCCUGGAUAGCUCACCAUCCCAUUCGAGUCGUGGAAAGGAUCGGAGGCGUAGGAAUUGGCACCAUACGGAAUGUGAACCGACUCAGGAACCACUAGCCGAGGCUUACUGAUCGCUGGCCGACUGGCCUUGCCUCGGCUGCCAUACUUUUCGCUCACAUUUCUGACGGUCUGCCGAAUUCGGUCCAAGAACUCGGCUUUGCGCAUGAAUCCAGGACUCUGAGGGCUCGAGAGAGGUUCUGAUCCACUGCGUUCGGAAACGCGCCGGAGCCCAAGGCCCACCGGACCGUAUUUUGGCGCAGGUCGGACUGGAGUCACAAGCUGCGCGCCAGAUCCAAAGGGAUUGAGGUCCAUGGCACCGCGCGGAACAUCCGGAAGGCCCUUCUCCGGAUCUGCCACCCCGUACCAUCUUUUCUCGUUGGCUGUCCAGCCCUGUUCAUUCGAUAGAGCCGUAUCGUCGACGCGAGCCAAUCUGUUGAAGGCCGAGAGAACAGCGCCUAGUAGACAGAUGCCUCCAAUCACU